GCUACGGCCUUCUUUUAGGGGUGGAGCCGGCAGUAAAUUUAAACUGCAGCCGCGGCCGAAAACGCCAAGAGAUUGAUGCUGUAGCUGCCCUGAGAUAACCAGGACUGUGGAAUCGGGAAGAGCUCAUGGAGCUCGCGAAUGUAAUACGGAGGCCUCUGAGGAAGGAGUACGGAGGCCGAGAAGGAGCCGGCAUUUGAUGAGCGAACCGGGAAAGGGAGACGAUUGCUUCGAGCUGGAGAGUUCCAUGGCUGAGAGUAGGCUCCGGGCCCCGGACCUAGGUCUCACCUUCCUGGUGUUUAGGCUUCCACACCUUCUUAAAAGGAACUUGAUUGAGGACCAGAGGUCCAGUCCCAAGACCAGCUGCUUCAGGAAAACCACCCUCGCCUCUGUGGCGCCCAGUGGUGAUGAUCAGAAUCGUCCUGGAGGUGAUGCUGGAUCGCAGUUUUCUCACAUGCUGACUGAAGGGUUUCUUUUGCCAUGGCUCAACAGCUUUAGAGGCACAUCUUCAGUAGGGAGUUUCCAGGUGUCUAGGAAAAUGCCAGAAGAACUCACCAGGUGCCGGGAAGCAUCCCUUUUCCGGAAAGUCCUUUUACUUGGAUCUGCCUGCUGGCAAGAAUCUCCAGUUUUUGACGGGGGCCAUUCAGCAACUGGGUGGGCCACCUCUGUGAUCUGGUUUCAGGUAAUUGAGGGUUUUCUGAGCAAAGAAGUAAGUUACAUCGUGUCCAGCCGCAGAGAAGUAAAGGCAGAGAGCAGUGGGAAAAGCCACAGAGGCUGCCCUAGCCCUAGCCCCAGUGAGGUCAGAGUGGAAACAUCGGCCAUGGUUGAUCCAAAAGGCAGCCACCCCAGGCCUUCACGGAAACCCGUUGACUUGGUGCCUCUAAGCAGAGGGAAGGAGCUGCUGCAGAAGGCCAUCAGAAACCAGGGGAGCAUCAGUGGAGGAGGCAGUGGGGGCAGCAGCAGCCUCCUGACCAAUGCCCGCUCUUGGGGAGUGAGGAUUCUGCACGUGGAUGAAAUGAUGAUGCACGUGCAACAGCUGUCUCUUGCGUCUUUAUGUGUGAAAAAACAACAGCCAAAGAAGCCAGAGGGAACAUGUCCAGCAGCAGAGUCAAGAACACGGAAAGUGGCCAGACUGAAGGCCCCGUUCCUCAAAAUCGAAGAUGAAAGCAGGAAGUUUCGUCCUUUCCAUCAUCAGUUUAAAUCCUUUCCUGAAAUUUCUUUUCUUGGACCCAAAGAUGCAAGUCCCUUUGAGGCCCCGACGACCCUGGGCAGCAUUCACCAUACCAGAGAAUCCAAGGAUGGAGAGCCAAGCCCACGAUCAGCUGCCCGCACCAUGCCCAGGAGGAAGAAAGGCUACUGCGAGUGCUGUCAGGAGGCCUUCGAGGAGCUCCAUGUGCAUCUUCAGAGUGCCCAGCACCGGAGCUUUGCCCUGGAAGCCCAUCUAUAUGCAGAAGUGGACAGGAUCAUUGCUCAGCUCAGCCACAGCUUUGCAGACAUCCCUUUCCAGGCUGGCCUCCCCAGGUGGUCAGGUUCCCCAGCUUCUGAUUGUGACCCUCUCUGUCCUGAGACUCUGCACCCCCAUCAGCCCUCCCAUCCCAGGGCAGCAUCUCCCAGGAUAAGGAAAGAAGACAGCUGCCAGGCAUCAGGUAUCCCAGAGCAGGAUGGGACAGUGGACAGCACGCAGGCACCAGCUGAACGUGCAGGGACUGGUGAGGUACCUGGACCUAUAGCAAGCUGCCAGGACCUGGGGGUGUCAGUUGAUGUGUUUGUGGACCCCCCAGGGAUACCAGUGUCCAGGAGCCCUGCUUGCCAAUGCCUCCUGCCUAGCUCUGGUUUUAUGGAACUCUCCUCUGGCCCAGACCUGGCACUUUUUGGCCACAAGCGGAAGGUUCAGUUCCCCAGUGGCAGUGCUGAGAAGAGAGUGGGGGCCUCCUGGCCACCGGCUUCAUUUUUUGUCCCAAUAGCCCCCAACCCCUGCGGCACCAGGACAACUAAUGGCAAGCGUCUUCCCUCUCUUCCCCUUACAGGCCAUGAGUCCAGGCUCCUCGCCUCCCUCCAGCCCUUGUGCCACUCACAGACCUGCCUCUCUCUCCCAGACCCCUUCCCCUGGCAGCCCACAGACAGACCAGCAGAGUUCUGGGCCACACAGCCCUCCUGGCUGGGGAAAGGGUGGCCCCCAGGGCCUGAGGAUUCUGAGUGUACAGCCACUGGCCCUGUAUCCCAGGAGGCUGGCCAGCUCCCCAGCUGCCCCACAGCUCCAGGCUGGCCAUCAGCUCCCCUGUACUCAGCUACCAGUGUGCAGCCCUCGGGAGCACCUGUAGAGAGCAGGUCUACCUCCCUCCUGCAGCCCCUGCCAGCCAGUGCGGGAGCCAGCUGUUCCCGAUGCCUCUGGGCCCCCCAGCCUCUCCAGGUGCCCUGUCUCCCUGUCUCCCAGCCCUGGUCCCAACCCCAGCCCCAGCCCCAGCCCCAUGCUGGCAGAGAGCUGCUCCUAUGAGUCCCCAAGGUGCUUGGCUCUUCACAGGGCCAGGCAGCUCCAGAUUGAAGGGCCACAGAUACAACUUACUCCUCUGCUGGGUGCUGCACACCCGGCCAGGGCUGACCAGGACGCAGGAGGGGCAGAACCCCAGGACUUCCCCAAAAGAGCCAGAAGGAGGCCCGGGCCUGGCCUUUGAAGUCCAGCAAGCAGCUGUCACGCUCAGCUCCAUGGAGCUGACAGAGCCACCCCUCCCACUGGCCAGGUCUUUGGGAGAGAAUCUGGGCUGGGGGCUGCCCUCUCCUACCCCCGCCUCCUGCCAUGUUCCUGACCAGGCAGAGUCUACAGUGUGCUUGCCCAGCUGAGGCUGGCCGCCCACGCCAGGAGGCAGAGGCAAAGUUGGCAUGGGGAGGGACCACAAAGGAGCUGGGGCAGCAGGAGUCCUGGCCCGGCUUCCUGGCCCUCCACAGGCCCUUGCCUCUCUGCAGAGCCGCGGGUUAGCUGUUGGUGUGCUCCACCCCCAACCCCGGCCUCCUUUCUCACGAGCAUGUGGCCGCUCCUGCUUUCCAAAAUGCCUGUGUUUGUCCCCUCCCCCAGCCCCCCACGCUCCCGCACACAGAUCCUCAGGAACAUAUGAAGCAGAGGAGGGGCUUGGGCUGCACCACUCACAGAGCUCCCUCCCCCAGGCACUUAGUUGGGGCCUAGCACUGACCUUUCCCCUGAGCCCAGGAUGUGGCCAGAGCCCCCUCUGGGACCCCUCUCGGCCCUUCUCUGCCUCUUCAGCUUGAGCUGCCUGCCCGAAGUUCGGCUGUUCCGGGGCCAGUGUGUCACCUGCCAACUUCCACAUCACCCUCCUCCCUCGCUCCCUCCUCUCCUUCCCCAAGGACCUCCCCCCAUUUCUGGCAGCCAAGUCAUUAAUCUGGAGACAGAAAUGGGUUUGCUAUCGAUUCUCUGGCCACUUUUUCUUUCAUUACAAUUUGUACCGUGGUUCUUCUCACCCUUCUCUGCGUCCGUGCAUUUAAAGAGUUGUCUCUUUAAAUGUUGAAGCUUCCGGAAGCCUGGUGCUAUUCUGUGUCUCCUUUCAAAGGAAGAAGGGGGGGGCCCAGCUAUGGGUGAGGACUCAAGUUAUUAGUUUGGAAAUAGAGCAACUAUGUGUACAGCCCACCUUAGAGGUCAUGUUACCCACUUCCUGUUAAAUUUUACAAUUAAUUUUGGUUCAGGAAAUGUAAAUAAAUUUGUUAAUUACAAAUAGCAAA